UUUUCUGCUUUGGAAACACUCCCCUCAGAAACUUGAUCGGCGGAGCGCAAGUUUUGUCCCCUUUCCUCCCUCCCCAUCGACAUCACUCAUUAUGGCCUUCCAUAGACUAGUACUCCUGGACAAUCUAUAUGAUACGUUUUAGAGUUCAAUAAGCAGACAUUAUUAUUUGUUGAAAUGGGGUCCCGAGCUAUGGCUGGCAGUAAGUUUGACAUAAUGUAGCCUGCCUUGCCGCAUAAAAGCGAUCAGUUUUAUGAGGAGUUGUUGAUUUUGCUUUGAUUAGGCAUAUCACCUGCAAGGAGAAGGGGACGCACAUGGGGACUAAUUAACUUUCAACCGCUUACUGUUUCAUCCUCUGGAAGUUAUUGGUAAAUAGUAAACUAAUGACAGUAAUGUCAGACUGCUUUUUAAAUGUAGGCUACCUCAUUGUUUUUAAAAGCUCAGUAACACCGGGUUGAGUCCAUUUUCAAUAUAGUUUUCAAUUCAAUGCAAUAGUGAAUCAUUGUAAUUGCUUUUAGUAUUGCCCUAUAUAGUGUUUGUCUAUGGCUUUAAUGUCUCCUACCCCGAGGGAAGGAAUCCAGGCAGAAGUAUGUUUCACUUGCAAGUCCCAGCAUGGCCUUGGCAUAACUAUCAAUGCCAAACGACUCGUUGGUUUCUCACACUCUCUUGCACAACAGCAAUGUUUUCAUGUAGGCCUGUCAUGACAGGUCACUGUAUAUAAGACCAUAGAAGUCUCCCCUACAGUGACACUAAUCAAGGGAAAUGGCCCCUCAGUGACAGCUUGGCUCAGGCCCCUCAUAUUCACUUUCUCUCUGUUAUCUAUGUUGACAGCCUAGAAUGGACUUCUCUGUUCACUGUAGGUUUAUAUACUGGCAAAAUACCUUUUUGUGAAGGUAUUUUAUUUCUGUUAUGUGUCUUCUAAAUAGGUUUAUUGAGUUGAUAUUUGUCUCACACUGACUGAACUUGGCUCAGUGUCCGCAUAAAUAAAUCACGUCAAAGUAAGAACAUCAAGCUGUCAUGCCACUCCACAAGUCGGCCCACAAGGCGCCUCGCCUGGACCCCACCAUGAUCUCAGCUCCGCUGGGGGACUUCCGCCACACUAUGCACAUCGGGAGGGGAGGAGAUGCUUUCGGUGACACCUCCUUCCUGGCUACCGUCGGCCCCAGCCCUGACCCUGGGUCUCCGGGUGCCACGGCAACAAACGACUCAAUGGCGCCCGUUGAUUCCGAGACGCCACUUAACCACACUGAUGAUGUCACGGAUGGCUUCGGAAGCCCACUGAACAGUGAGCUUCAGCAUUCUGAGUCGGUGUCGUCUUUCACACUCGAUAUGGAUUUCGACCUGGGCCCAUCCAUCAUGGGUGACGUGCUGGGGGUGAUGGAUGGACUGGGGCUGAACUCUGAUUGGACUAGGACUCGCGCUAAUGAGGAAGACGUCUCCAGUCCAAGCAAAAGUCUUGUCGUUGAAGUGGAGAAUUUUAAAAUGGCGGCGGAGGAUCAGUCUGUCAGCAUAAGGAACGAGCUGAAUGAGAAGAAGCUUUUAGAGAUCGAGGGAGAUGAGGUGGGACAAGGAAGGAUAAUAGAGGGGACUGGAGGGAUCAAGGCCAAAGGCCAGAGGCCGAAGGUGAGAUUCAGCGACAAACGAGAGGAGAUCAUUCGCCAAGUGUCAGAGGAGGAAGGUCAGGGGUUAGAUGUUGAGGAAGAGUAUGUGAGUCCCACCGAGGAAGAUCGAGAGAGAGGGAACAACGUCAUCAGCUUGCCAAUCGUGGGAAUAGAGGUACAGCCCACCAACCACAAGGUGGAUUCACCUUCCAGUCCCGCCUCCUCACACAGCUCAGGGUAUGAGGGUGUCACCCCAUUGGACAGGAGGAGGGUUGACAACUGUCACUCAGAGACUGAUUCCGAGGAGGAGGAGGAGGAGGAAGGGGGAGACAAUGGACGGGGCUACACAUUUGAAGAUGAGUUUGAUGAUGAAAUCGGCCUAUAAGAGUGCUAUGGGGCAUCUUACGUCAAUCAAUGAGAGGAUAAAAUGGUUCCUCGUUGGUUGUGAACUAUGUACAGUUUACUUCCUCUAUGCAUUGUUCUGCAAAUUAUCAUUCAAAAGGGAGGUUUAACCAAAGCUAAGUAUUUCAGAAGAACUGGAUAUUUGAAGAGUCUCUGUUGAAAUGUUUUUGGGACCAAAUUACUCCUUUGGAUCCUCAGUCAUAGACAUGCAGUUAGUAAACAGUUACUACAGGAAUCCGUUUUCAUUGAAUCAAUCUUAUAAGCUCCAAUUGAUGGACAGAAAAAUUUGACCUAUGAAAUAGCCACCUAUGUAUUGACAUCAGAUUUGAAAUGCUACAUUUUUAACAGACACUGUACUUCAAUUUAUUAUGUCUCAAUUGAAAAUACAAAGAAUAGCCUAGUAUUGUUUUAGGCCAAGCAGGUUUUAAGUGAAUAAAUAGCCUAGUUUGCAGCACUUUAAUUCAUUUCAAGAAACUGGAAGAUUUACUGUUAAAUCAGUGCUCAGUAAAAGAUAAUGACAGUUUUUUUAAAUGACAAUGAUUAAGGCAAAUUGAAAUGUUUUAACUAACAUGUUUUAGUUUUUACCAGGUCAAGGGUGUUUCUUAAGCGAAAGCGCAUAUGAUACAGAAAGACUAGUAUCUUAUGCUGAAGGUGCCUUAAAGGGAGUCGUUGUUCAUAUCCCUGUGCUUUAACUCACCAUAGCCAUGUCUUCCUUCUUUAUGUUGUAUUUUCAUAUCAUGUAUGGCUCAGAGCAAAUUGCUUUGUCUGUUUUGCAUUGCAUCUUAAUGCUCUUUAGAAACAAACUAAAUGAAUCAGCCUUUUUAGGACAAAUAUAGAUUUCUUUGCCACCUGUUUCUCCACCUAAUGCAUGGAAAGUGUUUGUUUUUUUCCUGAGUGAUUUUAUUGUUAAAUGCCACUGGGUUGUUCCACGAAAUUAGUCCUUCUAAGGUAGUGUAACUUGGUUAAAAAAUAUAUAUAUUUCACCUAAUUUUAACAUUCUGUAAUGAUGAGCACAUUUUCAACUUAAUAAAACAUGUUUUCCCAUCUCAAUAUACUAUAACUGCCAAAUAAAGUAAGUGUUGACUGUAACAGGGUUAAUGAUUUCAUCUUAAAUCAGCCAUAAAUCACCUUGUGACAGGGGGAAUGGAAGCUUGUUGCGUGCAACAGGGAGGGGCAAUUGAAUGCAAGGUUCAAAACAUUUUAUUAAGUUAAACGUUAUUAGCCUGUAGCAGGGUUGACGAGUUAAAGCUCGACCCACUCAGUUUUUCACCACAAAACACCAGAAAAUGGCCUAAAAGAGUAGAACCAGCUCACCUGCAUUUACACUAUGAUUUGACUAUUGGUUUAUUUGAAAAAAAUAUUUAAAAAUGAAUCGUUUUACGUUAUUAAGACAAGUUCACGUAACAGGGUUGACCUUAAAAUUAGUGACUUUUCUUUAUUUUUUAAAAAUAUUUGUAAAAAAAAAUUACCUUAAUGAAUCACUAAACUUAAGAAAUAAAUUAUCUUCAGAAAUGACUCAGAAUAAGCAACAGAAUAACUAGGGUUUUACAAUUUUGGGGUGAAGUGGAUUAAAAUCUUCUGAGAAGUCAAUGCACAGAGGGACAUGUCAAUGCUGAAUUAUAUUCAUUAAAAAAAUCUGAUUUAUAGAAUUAUCCAUGUGGUCUACUUAAUUUUAAUAUAACAGGCUUUUAAAUCCAAUAUUGGUGCACAAUUUCUACUUAAAAUAUCAAAGGAUGCAAAAGCAACUAAUUUCAUGGAACAACCCUACUCUGUUUAUGGAUACCUCAUUUAAAAAAAAUUCCUCUUAUUUAGAGCUUUAAUAUCUAUGGUGUUUUCAUGACAUAAAUCUAUCAUUCCUAUUUUUUUUAAACUGUGAACUGUUCUCAUUCCAAUAUUUAAUUUCUCAAGUCAGAAUUUUUCUGACCUAAAUUACAUCCAAUGUAGGCCUAUUUUUAUUUGAAUGCAUUUAGCCUGUGUAGUCAAUUACAAAAGUUCUUAGUUUUGUUUUUAACAACCACUGACAAUCUCUGAAAUUGAUGUGCUUCAUCUCAUGUUUUGAAUUUCAGUUGGAAAGCAUAUAUGACCUUAUAUUUAAUGCUUCUUUUGGACCAACAUUGUACAAGGGGGUUGGGUUAAAUGCGGAAGACACAUUUCAGUUAUAUGCAUUCAGGUGCACAACUGACUAUCCCCCUUUCCCCUUACAAGUAAUGUUGUAGGGAGAAGAGGAGGAGGUCUGGAAAUAAUUGUCUCUGGACAUGUUCUUUAUCUCGUGAUGGAUCCUCUUGGAUAUGCUGGUUACUUCAAUAAACAUAUUUCCUUACAGCGUAA